AUGGACGAGCAAAAUUUUCAAGUUCGUGUUAUUAAUGAGGAGAAGGGUAAAGGAAUAUUUGCGUUACGCGCUUUUAAAGAAGACGAGAUAAUUUUUGAAGAAAAACCAGUAGUUUGUUGUCAGUUUUCCUGGAACGCUGAUUAUGGUUAUCUGGCAUGUGACAAUUGUAUGUAUCCAUUAGAAAAUGCCGAAGAAAAUGUACGUCGUUUAACUGGAAAAAAAAAUCUAGUUUUACCUUAUCCAGAAUAUUGCGAAAUAAAAAAAGAAUUGUUCGCUGAAUGUCCAGAGUGUGGUAUUAAAUUUUGUAGCAAUGAAUGUUUAAAAGAAGCGUUUAGUAAGUAUCACCGAAUUCUAUGUAGCCAAACGCGCGGAAAUAAGGAAGGUCAUCCGUUGGAAAAAUUAAAGGAAACGUGGAAGCAAAUGCAUUACCCACCUGAGACAGCUACAAUUAUGCUUUUAGCAAGGAUGAUAGCUCAUGUUAAUCAAGCUGAUGAUAAAUCCAGUGUUUUAGCUGUGUAUAAUAACUUUUGUCAUAAAACAGUGAAUGAAGUUCAUGAAAUAGCACAUAAUUUGCUAGGAGAAAAAUUUAUUGGCCAGAUUGAUGUGUUAAGGGAAUUGCUGGAGCAAACCUUCAACAAAGAUUAUGUUCCUCAGUGGUUCACUCCAGAAGGAUUCAGAAGUUUAUUAGCAUUAGUCGGCACAAAUGGUCAAGGAAUAGGUACGAGCGCAUUCAGCCGUUGGGUAAAGAAUGUAACUGCUCUGGAAUUACCCACAGAUCGAAGGAUUCAAAUUGAUAAGUUCAUCGAUCAAAUUUACGACGAUAUGGAUGAAGUUGUAGGAACUUUUCUUAAUAAUGAAGGAUCCGGUUUAUACGCACUUCAAUCAACUCUCAAUCAUAGCUGUUCACCAAAUGCAGUUGUUGAAUUCCCUUAUUCUAAUAGUACUUUAAGGAUAAAAGCAAUCCGUGAUAUUCAGCCCGAAGAUGAAAUUUGUAUCGGAUAUUUAGAUGAAUGUGAGCUAGAGCGUAGUAGGCAUUCUCGACAGAAAUUAUUGAGUUCAUUGUACUUGUUCGUUUGUCAGUGUGACAAAUGCAUCGCGCAAGCUGAUGAUUCUGAUGUUACUUCUGAUGAUGAUUAUGAUCAUGAUAUGUCAAGUUGA